AAGGUUCAUUGAGGAGGCGUAGAAAGCAGCAAGCAGUAGUAUGGAACUAAGUAUGACUUGUAUGUGUAGUAGUGAUUAUAGAAUUGUCAGCAAGGGGAGCUCAGACAUUCAACACCACAGCUCAGCCCUUGCAACCCGACGCGCCGACUACAUCUGAAUUGUAAGAUCUGACCUACGCGAUGAAGAAGAAGGUGUUGUUAAUGGGUGCCUCAGGUAGCGGGAAGACGUCAAUGCGUUCAAUGAUCUUUUCCAAUAAUCCUGCUUCGUUGACUUCCCGCUUGGGCGCUACUAUUGACGUCGAGCAGAACCACGUCCGGUUUCUCGAUGACCUGAUCCUGAACCUCUGGGAUUGUGGUGGACAGGACGCGUUCAUGGACUCCUAUCUAUCUGCCCAACGUGCAACCAUAUUUUCGCACGUAGGCGUGCUGAUCUACGUCUUCGAUGUCGAAUCACGCGAAAUGACCAAAGACCUUGAGUAUUACCGCGAUUGUCUGCUUGGUUUAUCACAAUUCAGCAAGGAUGCCACCGUUUUCCUCUUGGUGCACAAGAUGGAUCUUAUCCGGGAAAGUGAACGAUCCAGUGUCCUGCACCGAAAGACAGCAGAAUUGGAGAAAGCGAGCGGUGAUGUCACAGUCAAAGUUCAUGGCACAAGUAUAUACGACGAGACUUUGUACAAGGCUUGGUCGAGUAUAGUAAACACCUUGAUACCGAACGUGCGCACUCUGUCCAAACACCUCCGAAUAUUUGCGGAAGCCUGUAACGCAACGGAGGUCAUCCUAUUUGAACGUACCACUUUCCUUGUCAUUGCGACCUCGUCCGAUCCUUCCGACCAGGCGGUGGAUCCAUUAACUGGCCAUGCCUUGGAUACGAAACGCUAUGAACGAACCUCUGAGUUGAUCAAAACCUUCAAGCAGUCCUGCUCCCGACUGCGCGAAGAAUUUCAUUCGCUGGAAAUGGAACUUGAAGAUUUUACAGCUGUUCUAGAUGAAAUGACCAAAAACACGUAUAUACUAGCAGUGGUUCACGAUCCCACCAUCGAGACGGCAGCAAUCAGAAUGAAUAUUCGAAUAGCCCGUCGUAAAUUUGAAGAACUCCAAGGAGAUAGUUUAGUAUCUUAGGAUAGCAUUUGGAAACAUUCAAUGUAGAAGACAAAUAAAUAAGAAACAAAAACACGAUCGUUCUUCGGAAUUCUAGUAAGCUGGGAAGGACUAGCCUGCUUCUCUUUACGAUCUCAGGCUUUGUUAACACACAGAUCUUUUGAACUGGGGUGAUUCCGGGGGCUGUGUUGAUGAAAAACACCCUGCUGUUAGUCCGUGGUGACCCAGACUGACGAACUAGUCAACAACAUUGCGGCAUAAGGGAGGGUG